AUGGACACUACAUCCACGACUGGAAAUGGCCCCCUCAAUGAAAAGGAUACCUACAAAGGUCCACGGCACACGGGAGAAUACGAACGCCUUAGAAUUCAGCAUGAGCUAGUCAAAAUCAACAUGGGCAAUAAACUUGUGCUCGCGCCUAUUGAUUUCUCCAAUCCUCAUCUUAGGGUCCUCGAUUCAGCCACUGCCGAUGGAUAUUGGUUGGCAGAUUUGGCACAGUCACUAUCCUCAACUUCAAGACUGAUAGGGGCCGAUAUCUCUCCGCAGCAUUUUCUUGGAGAAAAACCAGCUAACGUCGAGCUUGUUGUUCACAACAUCUUCGAUUCUUGGCCCGAAGACUAUCAAAACUAUUUCGAUUUAGUGCAUCAACGAUUCGUACUACCAGUUUGCAAUGAUGAAAAGAGUGUUGAUGCAAUCGGUAAGCUCUUGGCCUGUGUCAAGGCUGGCGGAUAUAUACAACUUCACGAUGGAGAUAUGGAGACAAUUCUCGAAGGCCCUGAGUACCAAGCCAUGCAAUCAUUCCGCGAUACGAUGGCAAAAGCUUGGAGAAUGAUGGGGCACAAUCUCAGUCCCGGUCCAAAACUUGUGGAUUGGUUAAAGCAAGCCGGCGCUGCUGAAGCGCACGAAACUAUCAUUGUAAAUAAAUGUGGACCGCUUGAGGAGGAUGAAGCACAAAGCGAGAGAGCUAUUUCGGUACUUCUCGCUCUACUUGAUGGUGCCCAAGUCCUUCUUGGUACAUUACCAGGCUUCCCAUCAGCGCAGGAGCUCAGCCAAUUAAGAGUAGACUUAGAGAAGGAGUUGAGAACAGUAGGCAAUUGCUGGCGUACUCAUGUUGUUGUUGCGCGAAAGGAUCCCCAGACUGAAGUUCAUGCAUCAUUGUAA